GGAGUGGAGGCCGCCGCCGCCGCACUUCCUGGGGCCGCCGCGCUGCGGUCGGCGGGCAGGUGGCUGGUGGCCGAUCCGCAGUCGCCGCUCCGGCCGCGCACGUCCCGGCUCCCGGAGGCUCCUGGCUCCGGCGCCCGCUGCCUUUUGUCUGCACAGAGCCGGCGCUCGCCUCGCGUCUUCGGUACCUCCCGCUGCUUUUCGCCUGCUUCUCCCUCCCGCUCACAUCUUCUCCCCGCCCCCGCCGCCCGUCCGCGCCGGCCCGCUGACCUCCUGGACCACAGCCCGAGGACGCCUCUGCCGGAGCGAUGUCUCCUCUCUACAAAGUUGUGGCUGCCACUGCAGCGGCCGUGGCGCGCUAAAACAAAGUCUAGCGGGGUUUCCUCCUGGUGCCUGAGCGCACCGGUGCCCGGGGCUGGACGCCGCUGGCGGUCGUGCUGUCUCGCCGGGACUCUAGAACGUGCUUGGCUAUGGCUGAGGGCGCGGCUAGCAGGGAGGCUCCGGCGCCUCUCGACGUUGCCGGGGGCGAAGACGACCCCCGAGCCGGCGCCGACGCUGCCUCAGGGGACGCCCCACCCGCGGCCUUGGGGGGCCGGAUGAGGGACCGUCGCAGUGGGGUCACGCUGCCGGGAGCUGCGGGGGUCCCGGCGGAUAGCGAGGCCGGCCUCCUGGAGGCUGCACGAGCGACCCCGCGGCGUAGCAGCAUCAUCAAGGAUCCUUCAAACCAAAAAUGUGGUGGCAGAAAGAAAACAGUGUCUUUCAGUAGCAUGCCAUCAGAGAAGAAGAUUAGCAGUGCCCACGACUGCAUUAGCUUCAUGCAGGCUGGCUGCGAGCUGAAGAAAGUGCGCCCGAACUCUCGAAUCUACAACCGAUUCUUCACCCUAGAUACCGACCUCCAGGCUCUACGCUGGGAACCUUCCAAGAAAGACCUUGAAAAAGCCAAGCUGGACAUUUCUGCCAUCAAAGAGAUCAGGCUGGGGAAGAACACAGAGACGUUCAGAAACAAUGGCCUUGCUGACCAGAUCUGCGAAGACUGUGCUUUCUCCAUACUCCAUGGGGAAAAUUACGAGUCUCUGGACCUAGUUGCCAAUUCAGCAGAUGUGGCAAACAUCUGGGUGUCAGGGUUACGGUACCUGGUCUCUCGUAGUAAGCAACCGCUUGAUUUUAUAGAGGGUAACCAGAACACACCACGGUUCAUGUGGCUGAAAACGGUGUUUGAAGCAGCAGAUGUUGAUGGAAAUGGGAUUAUGUUAGAAGACACUUCAGUGGAGUUAAUAAAACAACUCAACCCUACUCUGAAGGAAUCUAAGAUCAGGUUAAAAUUUAAAGAAAUCCAGAAGAGCAAAGAAAAACUAACUACCCGGGUGACAGAGGAGGAAUUCUGUGAAGCGUUUUGCGAACUGUGCACCAGGCCAGAAGUGUACUUCUUACUUGUCCAGAUAUCUAAGAACAAAGAGUACCUGGAUGCCAAUGACCUCAUGCUCUUCUUAGAAGCUGAGCAAGGUGUCACCCACAUCACUGAGGAUAUGUGCUUAGACAUCAUUAGGAGAUAUGAGCUCUCUGAAGACGGCCGCCAGAAAGGCUUCCUUGCAAUUGAUGGGUUUACCCAGUAUUUAUUGUCUCCAGAAUGUGACAUUUUUGAUCCAGAGCAAAAAAAAGUUGCCCAAGAUAUGACCCAACCCUUAUCUCACUACUAUAUCAAUGCGUCUCAUAAUACCUACCUGAUAGAAGAUCAGUUCAGGGGACCAGCAGAUAUCAAUGGGUAUGUGAGAGCAUUGAAGAUGGGCUGUAGAAGCAUUGAGCUCGAUGUGAGUGAUGGUCCGGAUAAUGAGCCCAUCCUUUGUAAUAGGAACAACAUGGCCAUGCAGCUCUCCUUUCGAAGCGUUCUGGAGGUGAUAAAUAAGUUUGCCUUUGUUGCUUCAGAGUACCCACUCAUUCUCUGCUUGGGGAAUCACUGCUCUCUGCCUCAGCAGAAAGUCAUGGCGCAGCAGAUGAAAAAGGUGUUUGGCGAGAAACUUUAUACAGAAGCACCUUUGUCUUCAGAAUCCUACCUCCCAUCACCUGAAAAACUAAAAAAUAUGAUUAUUGUGAAAGGAAAGAAAUUGCCUUCGGAAUCAGAUCUGUUAGAAGGAGAAGUGACAGACGAGGAUGAAGAAGCCGAGAUGUCGCGGAGGAUGUCAGGGGAUUACAACGGUGAGCAGAAACAUAUCUGGCUCUGCCGAGAGCUCUCUGACUUGGUAUCCAUCUGUAAAUCUGUUCAGCACAGGGAUUUUGAACUGUCUAUGAAAACCCAAAACUACUGGGAAAUUUGUUCAUUUAGUGAAACAGAGGCCAGCCGGAUUGCAAAUGAAUACCCAGAGGACUUCGUGAAUUAUAACAAGAAGUUCUUAUCAAGGGUCUACCCUAGUGCCAUGCGGAUAGAUUCCAGUAAUUUGAACCCACAGGACUUCUGGAACUGUGGCUGUCAGAUUGUGGCGAUGAAUUUUCAAACUCCCGGUCCAAUGAUGGACCUCCACACUGGCUGGUUUCUUCAAAAUGGAGGAUGUGGCUACGUCCUCAGACCAUCUAUCAUGCGAGAUGAAGUUUCGUACUUCAGCGCAAAUACAAAGGGCAUUGUCCCUGGCGUGUCUCCCCUGGUUCUUCACAUCAAGAUCAUCAGUGGUCAGAACUUCCCAAAGCCCAAAGGAGCCUGUGCCAAAGGGGAUGUCAUAGACCCCUAUGUUUGUGUGGAGAUUCACGGAAUUCCAGCUGAUUGCUGCGAGCAAAGAACUAAAACUGUACAACAGAACAGCGAUAAUCCAAUUUUUGAUGAAACUUUCGAGUUUCAAGUCAACCUUCCCGAGCUGACCAUGGUCCGUUUUGUCAUUUUGGAUGAUGAUUAUAUUGGGGAUGAGUUCAUUGGGCAGUAUACGAUCCCAUUUGAAUGUCUGCAGCCCGGGUACCGGCACGUUCCCUUGCGCUCCUUUGUUGGGGAUAUCAUGGAGCACGUGACCCUUUUCGUCCACAUAGCAAUAACCAACCGCAGUGGAGGAGGAAAACCACAGAAGCGAAGCCUUUCUGUGAGAAUGGGGAAGAAAGUUCGAGAAUACACCAUGCUCAGGAAUAUUGGUCUUAAGACCAUAGAUGAUAUCUUCAAAAUAGCAGUUCAUCCCUUACGAGAAGCCAUAGAUAUGAGAGAAAACAUGCAGAACGCCAUAGUGUCUGUUAAGGAGCUGUGUGGACUCCCGCCGAUUGCCAGUCUGAAACAGUGCCUGUUAACCCUGUCCUCUCGUCUCAUCACCAGUGACAGUACUCCCUCCGUGUCUCUGGUGAUGAAGGACUGCUUUCCUUACCUGGAGCCUCUGGGUGCGAUUCCAGAUGUGCAGAAGAGGAUGCUGGCUGCAUAUGAUCUGAUGAUUCAAGAGAGCCGGGUCCUCAUAGAAAUGGCUGACACAGUUCAGGAAAAGAUUGUACAGUGUCAGAAAGCAGGGAUGGAAUUCCAUGAGGAGCUUCAUAAUCUGGGGGCAAAGGAAGGCUUGAAGGGAAGAAAACUCAACAAGGCCAUUGAGAGCUUCGCUUGGAAUAUUACUGUAUUGAAGGGACAAGGAGACCUGCUGAAGAAUGCCAAGAAUGAAGCCGUGGAGAAUAUAAAGCAAAUCCAGCUGGCCUGCUUGUCUUGUGGACUGAGUAAAGGCCCUGGCGGUGGCGCAGAGGCCAAGGGCAAGCGCAGCUUGGAAGCGAUAGAGGAGAAAGAAAGUAGUGAGGAGAACGGGAAGCUGUGAGCUGGGCAGUGCACAUGACCUCAUCGAGCACCGCGGCUUCUCAUUCUUGUCUCUUUGUUUUGUUUUUACAUUCUUCAGAUGUUCACAGAAAUGAUCCCCCCUGUGGGGUGUUGUACAUAAACAUAUAUUUUCACAGUGUCAGUAUUUUACUGUAGUUAAUUUAUCUAAGUUAAAACUUUUAGUAGCAGUAUUUUAAACUCUAAGCUGUGAGUAUAUACUUACAUGUGGCUGCCUUGUGCCUGUGUGCAUCCGUGCGUGCGUGCGUGCGUGCGUGCGUGUGUGUGUGUGUGUGUGUGUGUGUGUGUGUGNGAGAGAGAGAGAGAGAGAGAGAGAGAGAGAGAGAGAGAGAGAGAGAGAAAAGAGUUCCUAUUAAAACAUUCUCUGUCGCAUUGUUGGUUUUAGUAAGUUAUUCUUUUAUCUUUAUGAUCAUUUGGGGACAGCUGAUAAUCUGAAUUCUAAUGAGCACUUAUUAUAACCCAUUGCUGCGGUUAGUUUUACCCCUCUGCUUUUGUCAUAUAAUUUUGAGAUCUUAGCACAGCUUAUUGAAGAAAACCAAAUUUAUAAAAGCAAAGGUGUUUUAUAGAUUACAUAUAGAUUUAAAAAUUCCUAAAAAUUUCAUCAGAAAUGAACACGAAUAGAAAUCUUUUAAAAUCAGAAUUCUGGAAAGAUAAAUUCAUUUCUUCAUUAGCAAAAUCUUUAAAAUAUUUAUUAAAUAAAAUCAAAUUUAGGAAGUUUCUGUAGAUGUUUACUAAGCACAUGGUUUUUGGUAGAAAAGCUGACGACAGUGAAUUUGUAGCCACCGGGCAGUACUUUGAAACAUACUAAAUGCCCUGUUGUAACUAGCACUGUUGUGACAGGUACAUCCAAUUGUGAAAUUUCAAGGUUUGCAGAAAGACUCCAUUCUCCUGAGAUUGGAGUAUGGAAUUCAUUUUCUAUUACCAGUUGGGGCAGAUACAGUGCUUGGCAAGGACUGGAUUUAGUGUAGAGUACUAAAUUUAAAUGUAAAGACAUUGUUAAAAUAAUAUAUCAUCAUGUCGAGCUGGCAAAAAAUCUGUAAGUCAGAUAACAUCUUUAUGAUGAUUUUAAAACUAACUAAUUAGACAGCAUGUAUUUUAAAACAUACAGUAAAAACCACAAGCAAAUGGCUAAUUAGGGUACAUUUAUAAUUAUAUUUAGAUAAUUUUACCCUAAUGUCUUCAUAAACUUCUUAAAUGUGAUGUUCAUUCAUUACCACCAACAGAACUAAAUGUUCUAUGGUUAUGAAAGAAUAUAUUUAUUUAAAACAUUGCUUUUAUUUUGAAAAGCUUCUUAAUUAAUUUGAUUAACAAAUAUGCUAAUUUGGGGGGGGUACCUAGAGAAGAUGAAACUUUGCGAUCGUAAUCAUCCUCUACAGCUACCGCGCUUGUUCUCACUGCUCUCACUGCCACUCUGUUCUUGCUGCGCAUCACCAAAAGAGUAAAGAUACUGAAAACAGAUUUCUCCAUCUUGUUUCUUGUACAUUUAUUGGGGGGGGGGGAAACCAAAGUUCUUUUGUUAUAUAAAAGUGAUAGAGGGUGCACUGGUUUCACAGACCAGAUACCAUAAAAUUAUCCGAGACAUGUGGAGGAAGUGACUCGGUUCACUUGAAGACAAAUUUCCAACAGUGCAAUACCUGAAAGUAUCCAUCUACCCUCCAUUCCUCUUACCCUGCUGAGAGAGGGAUCAUGAAGAAGAGUUGCCACGAGUCCCUAGAACAGAAAGGUCAGUGCUACUGACAGAAGCAAUCUGCCUGCUGGAGGCUUCCUGGCCAUCUCAGAUUCUGUUUGGACCAAUCCAUGCCUUACAGGUGAUAAAGCUGGGUGGCAAAAUCAUAAAGGAUAUUUAUUUUUGCUUUGCUUUGGUGUCAAACUUAGUCUUUAGGCAUGGUGCCUGGUUCAAUCCACCCAUCUUUAAGCUCCUUUCAUACUUGGUAUAAUAUGUGCAUCUUCUGGAGAAUGUGCUGUGCGCUCGCUCUGCCUUCUCUGAGUCUCUUCCAGCAGUUGUCAGUACCCUUCUAUCCAAUCUCUGAGCAUCUCUGCCAGCGGAGAAGUAGGACACAGCCCAGGAUAGAGCUUUAGAGUUGCUGAGAAGGUGCCUCUAUGACAGUGUUGCCUUUGGAUAGACUAGCAAAAGUACAAUGACAGACAAACUGUGUUUGGUAUCCAUGCAACACAGUUUUUACAUUCUACAGUUUAUCUCCAUUGUAGUCUUGAACUACCUUAUGAAAAGUCACUUCUUCCAUUAUUCUUGGUGAUGCAAUUCAGUUAUUAUAUAUUAGUUAUUAAUUCUAUUUUUAUUUUUAUAUCACUAUUGGAAUUUGAGGCAGGGGUGGUAAGUAUAACCACUGACAUUUAUAGAUGAGAAGUCAGUCACUGAAGUAGCAAAUGAAAAACUACAUUUGAACUCAUGUCUGCCUGAUAUUAUAUGUACAAGGGUGUUCAGUGAUUUUAAUUUUAUUCUCCAAAAUUUAACUACAUUUGUAACUCUCUUGUCACCACAAAAACAUAUAUUGUCUUUCUUCUGAAAACAUUAACAAUAUUGAAGCUCAAAAAACAGACAAAUCUAUAAAAUAAAAAUAAGAUAAAACUA